GGACCAUGGGACAGGUGCCCCUAUGACCCCGGCGGAGAACAGUGUCUCUUAACCAAACGCGUAGCAGUUUUAGUUAACAGGUGAGGGGAGGAAGGCAGUGUUUGAAGAAGAACUACCUAAGAACCCUUUCGGCCACCCUAAGCCCGGGCGAGAACUUGAUUUGUUCCCGAGGUCUCUCCCUUUCUGUCUAUCGACCCCCGACCUUCUCGCUUCUGGGGCCGUGUGAAGAUGGUGAAGAGUGGCCGCCUAAGCGCGCCAGCCUGCGAAGCUCACAGGCACGCGGCAGUUGGCCAUGUGCGCUUGCGCGCAGGUCUAGGCAGGGCGGGGCGGGGCGUCCCCUGCCGCGCGCUGGAGGCGGGGCCUAGGCCGGAGCGCCGCGCCCGCGGGCUGACCUCGUUGAAGUCGACCCAUGACGUCACCCCGCCGUGACGCGUACGCAGUAGGAAAACUGUAAGUUUGCGAGGAUCAUGCAGCUCUGCCUUGCGGGGCUCGCAGGGCCUACGUUCUGCUCGCUCUCGCAGUCGCUGUGUUGGCAGCGGGCACCGGGAAACCUCGGGUUACACGGGAGCUGCCGAGCGUGACGCGGGGCUGGUGGUCGCCCCAGGUGGGAGCGCGCCCUCCCUGCAGCGCUGGCUUAUGGAGGCGAGGCUGUUCCUUAGCCUGGCCCGCACCUUUCCCUCUGGCCUGUGACAGCCAAGAGCGUGCGACUAAGGCCUGGGAACGGGGAACUGGCGAGGCCCUCCUUAAAAUUCUUUGAUAAAGAGAUUAGAUCUUCAAGUAGGACAUGCUUGGUCAGUCUGCGCCCUCAAAGACUAGCUGCCCAGGUCCGCCUUCCUUGGGAUCCUGCAAAUGCCCAGGUUGCUGAUGACAAAUUACAUGCAGUGUUGCCUCAAGCCUUCUUUCUUCUUUCUAUAGGGCUGCAGCGUCUUGAAACCCUAUAAAGAUGGAUGCCAUGCAUUAUCCAGUAUGGAAGUUUCAGAAGUUAGAAGACAUUUGCUAAAUCAAGUUACUUCAUGAAAGCUACUCUUCGGGUCAUAUACAUCAUAAUGCGGAAUUCUUCAUCAGUACCACCAAAAGAUCAAGGUGAAUCAAACAUCCGUUCUGGAACAACACAGAGUGAGAAAACAUUACAGAGUAAGAGUCAGUUUAGGACCAUUGCACCAAAAGUUGUACCUAAGGUCCUAACAUCCAGAGUGCUUCCCUGCCCUUCCUCAAUUUCUGACCAAGGGAGUCUGACUCUAAUGUCCAAGCCUCUGGGCAUGCCCACCCAGAACUAUGCUCUGAUGCAGGUGGCUGGCCAAGAGGGGACGUUUUCUCUUGUUGCUUUACCAAAUGUUGCCUCAGUCCAGCCAGUUCAGAAGCCCAGAAUGUCCAUACAUGAAAACCUUAAACUGCCUAUUCCUCGAUAUCAACCACUAAGUAGCAAAGGAUUAAGAAAGAAACAGGACCUGAGCUCUCCCAAGAGUGGCUCCAGUGACUCUCCUGGCCCAUCCCAGCUAUGCCAUUUGGCCCCUUCCCCACAAGCCUAUCCUGAGCCACCUCAUAAACCUAGCCUGUGGAAGCAAAUGCCAACUUUAAACCCUUCUCCCACUAAUAUCAACACAGCUACACUGACCAGUGGUGUUGGCCAAGGAGAUUUGAGUCCUCUAGUGACCAACAGCUGUGGCGAUCGUGAGCUUUCUGCCAUGCCAGUAUACACUACAGAGGACUCUUCUUCCCAUCAGAGCCUCCCAGCAACUAUGCAGAAGGCAGGUUGUGCCAGGAAGGAGGCACCCACUACGCCUGCUAUUGCUAGUGAAGAACUCAAAGAACGGGUAGCUCCUGCACAGACUGUCUUGAGCAGUGCAGUUCAGUUGCUCUCUGUAGUACCCAAGGGUAAACUGCCCAUCCUGCCCUUACCAAGAGUGAAAACCACAGAGGUGGGCAAAGUGGAAUCAGAUGCUGAUAAUGCAGAAUUGUCUUUAUCUGGAUGCAGAGCAAACUGUGAUGAGAGACUGUCCAUCACAGAAGGGUUUGAUACUGCCUCAGAGAUAGCCAGCAAGAUAGCUGCUUUGCAUGGGUCUAAGCAGAGUGCAUGUGAAAGUGCCUUCUGUCCUGUCACCAAAUUAGAUCUCAGCCACAAGGCAAAACCCAGCAGUGGAAUAAAGAGAAGAGGAAGAAAAUGGAAAGUGCCAGAUGAGAUUUUAGCAUUGCAGGGCAAAAGGAGGAAAUGCAUUAUUGGUAUGUGUGGAGAUGGCAUAGAAAGAGCAAGAAACAGUCCCCAAGAACCCAGAGACCAGAAGCCCAGGGUUGCUUCAAGAAAGUAUCGUAACAUCAUGCCCAAGCCUGUCAUUGUCCUGUCUGCUUUGGCACCCCUGGCAUCUCAUACGGCUGUGCUGUCUCAGGCUCCCAGCAGCCUAGGUCAAGAUGUUCUGAAUAAUGCCCUGCCUUCAAAAUGUCUUGGCUCCAAGCAAAGUGACAGCUUUACCCCUAAGCCCAGCUCUGUACUCAGAAAUGGAUUCUCUGGCAUUAAAAAGCCCUGGCACAUGUGUCCAGUCUGCAACUACCACUUUCAAUUCAAACACCACCUUCUAGACCACAUGAAUACACACACCAACAGACGGCCUUAUAGUUGCGGGAUCUGUCGCAAGACCUAUGUGCGCCCCGGCAGCCUGAGCGCACAUAUGAAACUUCACCAUGGUGACAACCACCCCAAGAAACUAGUGUGCUGUGAAUUUUGUGCAAAAGUAUUUGGUCAUGUCCGAGUCUAUUUCGGCCAUCUGAAGGAGGUGCACAGGGUUGUGAUCAGCACAGAGCCCUCCCCCAGUGAACUGCAGCCAGGAGACACACCAAAAAACAAGAACAGAGAUCCUGGUGUGCAAGGACCUGACAACUCACUGGAGAGGGAAACCAAGUCAAGUUUGGAAGAAGAUUUUCUUCUAAACCAGGCAGAUGAAGUCAAAUUGCAAAUCAGAUGUGGCCGUUGUCAGAUCACUGCACAGUCUUUUGCUGAAAUAAAGUUUCAUUUGCUUCAUGUUCAUGGAGAGGAAAUUCAAGGUCGGCUGCAAGAGAUGAUCCUACCAGGCAGCAGGUCGGAUGCUGCCCACCAGAAGCAGUGCACAGAGAGAAGGAAGCAAACACAGUCCUUUGCCUCUGUGGAGGACUCUCCAUCAUUCCCUAGAGUGAAAAGACUGCCAGCCCCUCAUCAGAACAGAGAGGAAGCCCUGGUAGGAAGUGAAGGUGGUCAGUGGGGAAUGGCUGGCUCACAGCACCCCGCCAAGCUUCUCUGGUCGCACACAGGCUUUAAGUGCCUGCUCUGUGCUCAGAUGCUUGGGAGGAAGGAGGACCUGCUUCUUCACUGGGUACACAAACACAACUGUGAGGACCCCACCAGACUCUGGGCGCUCCUGGGAACGUUCUCUAAGCAGGGUGCUCCUGAGCUCCACAGUGAACCAAGGCUGUGAUGCUGAGGCCAUCCAGCCCAAGAGAUGCUGCACCACCUCUCACUGCCUAUGCUGUUAGGCUUUAGUUAUAAGGAUCCAGUACUCCAGGGCCAGGGCCAGUGGACAGAGGAAGCACACUGUGCAUAGUUAUAUUUUCUUAAGAAAUAAAAUAUGUGCCCUGGAUGCAUUUUUCUAACAUAUGUAGUCUCACUUUAAAAUUCCAUGCAUUCUCCAAUAUCGUAGACUUUAUUUAAUAAUAAAUAAAAAGAUCAAAAUUAGGAAACUGAAA